GUCGCCAUUUGUGGCCAAUAGAUCAACAGUUUACUUUGUGUAUUAACAACAAUCAGAAGUCAUGCAGCGUUUUGUCUACUCUCUGGCUCUUGUGGCGCUCCUGGGUGCCGCUUUGGUGCGCGCCUUUGACGAAAAGGAUGCGCUGGCCAAGUUUAUGGAAUAUGCCGAGCCCUGCAAGACCGAAGUGGGCGCCAACGCUAAUGAUGUUGAAGAGGCUGUUAAGCAUGUGCCCGCUUCCACCAAAGAAGGGAGAUGCCUGCGCGCCUGCAUUAUGAAGAAAUUCGGGCUAAUGAAUAGCAAUGGCAAGCUGGACACGGAUGCAGGACACGAGAAGGCCAAGCAAUACACUGGCAAUGAUCCUGCCAAGCUUGCCAUAGCGCUGGAAAUUGGCGAUAUCUGUGCUGCCAUUCCCGUGCCGGACGAUCACUGCGAGGCAGCCGAAGCGUAUGGCAAAUGCUUCAUGACUGAGGCAAAGAACCAUGGACUCGUCUAAGCAGCUACUCCCACACUUAUUUAGCGACAGAAAUAGAGAGCAGGAGCGUCUCUCUAUGCUUUACUUUGCUCUGUAUAUUACUAAACUAUC